AUACAUAUAUCCACUUUAUCUAACCGUUUGCACCUGCUCCUUCAAUCGUGGGCUUCCGUGAUUAGCCAUUGAUCUUUAUCUAAGGGAGGAAUUCGUGGUCGUGGGUCGUGUUUGUGUCUUGUCAAAACGUGAAUAUCCUGUUAUAUGGGUGAACACGAACACAACACGAUUAUUAAACGGGUAACAUGACAUGACAAACGUAACCCGUCUAAUAAAUGGGUCAAGAUUUGACAUGAUAUAAUAAGAUACGUUUAAGUCAUUUCUGACAUAAAUACGACGUUUAGCUAAAUAGGUCAUUUCUAACACGACACGUUUUGUUAAUCGGGUUAUGAACAAGUUGGCGAGUCAAACACGACAAGUUUAAUUACCGUGUCAAUUCGAAUCGAUAUGAACAUGAUUAACCCAAACCCAAACCCAAACCCACUUAUCUUCGUGUCGUGUUCGAAUCGUGUUAGUGUGUUUAGUCAAAUAUUGCAACCCCUAUCUUCAUCCUCCCUUUUACUACCUUUGGAUCCCAAUCAUAUCCAUCCAUCUCAAAUUCCAUCAGCAAUCUUAUCACCGAGAGAGAGAGAACAAAAUAACCCUCUUGUCGCAGAUGGAGUUUGGGGAUCUCCAUUGCAGAGUGGUUGGCUAAGAAAGGGUGUUACAGCGGCUGUGGAAUCUGUUGCUGCAGAUGGGGUUUCGGGAUUUCCGUUUCAAAGAGGUUGCCGGAAAUAAGGGUGUUGCAGCGGUGUGGGUUUUUAGGGUUUCUAUCCAACUCCCUAUCUAACUUAGAUGUAUGUAAGAACUUAAUCCAAUGGAUGAGAUUAAGUUCUGAGUUGGGCUAACAACUAUCUUUGUUGAGAAAGGGAAUGAAAAGGGAGAGUGGAGGCCUGGUGGUUUGAACAUUGAUGUGACUGCAUUGGUUUAAAAUCUUCAGUUUCAUAGUCUAGCUCAUGUACUGUAUUGAACUGUAAAAUAUUGAAAUCAAGUUAUGUUGCACUGUAAACAUUUCACAAAAUAAGCAAUGCACUACUAUUUUGUAAAAGGUCAUGAGAUCAACUGUCCUAUGUUUACCUACCCAAUACUGUUCUUGUUAAUCUAAGGGUAUCAAGCAGUUAUAAACCUAACAUUUGAUAUCAUUUGCAUAGACUAGUCAGAUUCAAGUCUCAUGCAUUUCCAUUUUGACAAAAUGAACUUUUACAAUGCAUCAAGUAAUGGCUCCUUAUUGUUGAGAACAGCAGAAGCGCAGAAACAUGGACAUUUAAUGAAUGAAUAAAACAAUCACUACACAAAUACAAGAUUUAUGUAGUACAACACAACCCGGCCUAUAUUCACACAUGGAAAGAGAACUCUAAAAGAGAAAUCUAAUUAAAAUAAGAAUUUGAGACACAAUUCCUAAAAACUUACCUGCCAAUGGAUUUAUUGAUUUCAUCUCAAUAAAUUUUAACUCAUUUCAGAUUCUUGCCUCCUGUGAUGCAAUUAAGAGUCACCAGUAGGGAAAAGGUACCAAACAUUACCCCCCAACACUGCUUAAGUUGUCAAAAUUUUCUUGGCAUUAAAGCAAGGUAGGAUACUAAAUAAUGCAAAACAGCUUCACUUUGUCCUCUCUUUUGGCAACUUUAUCAAAAGAAAAACCUUACAGAGGACAAAUUCUCUCACAACCUCUUGUUUCCUCAACACGGUUGAAACCUGCCAGAAAUGGGGAAACUUUGGGUUGAAAUCUGCUUGAUAUCUGCCCAUGAACUUGGGCAUAAUUCGUCGCUGUGGAAGCGCCAUUGGUUUGCUGUUGGGUGGAUUGAUCCUAAAAACAAAUACUGCACAAAGGUUGAUGCUUCAAAGAAGGCUAAUCCAGUUUGGAAAACCAACUUCUCGACGUUGGUUGAUGACUUAGAACCUAAAUUCAGAGAUUUGGCAUUACAGGUAGAAGUUUACAGAAGAGAACCCAUCUUCCUUAGAGAGAGGCUACAAGGAACAGCAACUAUUGUCUUGAAAGAAUUUCUAGACAAAUAUAUUCAGAAUUCUGAGGUUUCAAAGCCAGUUGAAGAAGUAGGGAGCUUUCAGCUGUGGAAAAGGAAAUCCAGCAAACCUCAAGGUUUUGUUGAUAUCUCAAUCCGGAUUUCAGAAGAAAGGGAAGAGCCUAGUUCAUAUCCAGGUAAGGAGGAGGGAUUUAAGCUCCAGGAUAACAGAACUAGCAUUAACUUGGCCAAUGACUAUGGAUCUUCCCAGGCUUACCCACCACAAGGUCCACAACUGCCCCUAGCCCCACUGCCCCAGCCAGAGAAUCAGCCACAGACUAAUUCCUCAUAUGCCCACCCGGUUCCCUUCACUGCAAAUUAUUCCAGUUCAGUUGGCGGACCAAGCUACCCUUCAGCAGGCGGACCUAGUUAUCAGCCACCACGAACGCCGCCACCACCUCCACCGCCUUCUAAUGUUGGUUAUCUACCCACAUUUCUCCUGAGAACAGAUCAUUUACAACCGAGUUAUAUAAAUAUGCCAUCGUCUGGAGCAGCCCCAGGACGCGGCAAUGGACCUGGUUUUGGAAUGGGAGUGGAUGCUGGAGCAUUGGCAGCUGGUGCUGUGAUUUUCGGUGAUGAUUUUAUGUCAGGAUUUGAUUUUCCAGGAGGAUUACAAGAUUCCAGUCUUACCAUAUCAGCUGAUCCUCCUUUCUGAAGAUGCAGCACCUAUUGCUUAAUUGUAAUUUCUUUGUCCAUUCUACGUUGUUCAACUACUUUUCUGGUAAAUUCUUUAUUUUAAUAUGAAUAAUUUUUAUGAGGGUUCAAUCCACUGCCCAUGGAUGUGAUAGUUUGCUAUAUAACUAUCAAUUAUAUGUUGCAAAACUAUAGCUAUUGUCAGAAUAUUGAAUUCUUAAG